CUCAUGUCCAGGCGCAUUUACGGCCCCAUCUGGAAGUCAACCUUUGGGCAUUAUGAGAACAUCAACAUCGGGAGCCCAGUGGUGCUGGAGCAGCUGCUGCGGCAGGAGGGCAAGUACCCCAUGCGGAGUGACAGGGCCCUGUGGAAGGAGCACCGGGACACGCGGCGCCUGCCCUACGGGCCCUUCACUGAGGGGGACGUGGCCAACCUACUCUACCUCUUCGCCCUGGAAGGGAUCUCCUACAUCCUCUUUGAGUCCCGCAUUGGGUGCCUGAAGCAGCAGGUCCCUGCCGAGACCCAGCACUUCAUCGACUCCAUCAAUCUCAUGUUCAAGAACUCCAUCUUUGCCACUGUCCUGCCUCGAUGGAGCCGCAAAGUGCUUCCCUUCUGGGACCGCUACCUGAACAGCUGGGAUACCAUCUUUGCCUUUGGCAAGACCCUGAUUGACCGUAAGAUGGUGGAGCUGGAGGGGCAAGUGGAACGGGGCAAGGAGGUGUCUGGCUACCUGAGCUACUUGCUGGCCAGUGGCAGGCUCAGCCUGGAUGAGACAUCUAACACGCUGUCCUGGGCCCUGUACCACCUCUCCCGGGACCCGGGCAUCCAGGAGACCCUGUACCAGGAGCUGAAAGCCGUCGUGCCUGCUGAUCGUUUUCCUGCUGCUGAGGAUAUCCCCAAGAUGCCAAUGCUUCGGGCUGUUAUCAAGGAGACCCUGAGGGUCUACCCCGUGGUGCCCACCAACGCCAGGGUCUUCUAUGAGAAGGACAUUGUCAUUGGAGACUACCUCUUCCCCAAGAAUACCCUCUUUGUCCUGGCGCACUACGCGAUGUCCCAUGACGAGACUUACUUCCCCGAACCUGAGCGGUUCCUGCCCCAGCGCUGGCUCCGGGGCCAUGGUUCCCCUCACCACCCCUUCAGCUCCAUCCCCUUUGGCUACGGGGUCCGUGCCGGCCGCCGCAUCGCCGAGCUGGAGAUGCACCUGGCCCUCGCCAGGGUGGGUAGAAAUCUCCUCACCCUGGAUAACUCACCAUGA